UAUUCAAAGACAAAAAAUUUUCACUUUUGGAUCAUCACUAUUGUCUUGGGUCAUUGCACUUUCUGUAUCUGUGUUACCUAUUUUGUUGGAAGAAAUAUCACUCUUCGGAGAUUAUUAUGCGCAGUCUCCUAUUUGUAUAUCUCUACCGUUAUCGAUCUAUAGACAAACUGGCUGGCAAUAUUCUAUGGUCAUUUUUGUCGGUUUUAACUUUAUAAUUUUUCUCGGUAUUGCUGUUGGUCAAAUAGUGAUUCUCUCAGAAGUCAUGAAAUCCAGUAGAAUGUGUAACUCUUCAAAUGUCCGCCGUAGGGAGGUAGCUUUAGCCAAGUCUGUUGUUGCCGUCGUUCUGACUGAUCUACUUUGCUGGAUACCUAUAGGAAUCAUUGGAAUGCUGACGUUUUGCGGCUUCGAUGUAUCAAAGGAGGUUUAUGCCUGGAUACUUGUGCUUGUGUUGCCAAUUAAUUCUGCACUCAACCCAAUAUUGUACACUUUGUCUUCUAUUGUACGAGAACAAAGACGAAGAAAGGCAAAAGAGAUAAAUGUACAACGAGAAAAGGAGUUGUCUUCACGCGAAAUUGAUCGUCUUCAAUCUCGAUUAAAAGCCAUAAUAAAAGAAAAGGAGAUAUUCUCACAAGAAAAUGAUAAACUUACACGGCAAGUGAAAUUGCUAAAGACAAGGGAUUAUGAAUCAAUUAAGGAGUGAACAUGACAGGAGACCACGAAUUAAGCAACGCAACUUAUAUUAUUUUUAAACAAA